GGGGGAGGCCGGGGGGUGGGCGGCUGCGAGCGCAGGCUCCGGGGGCUUUCCCCCCUCGCCGGGCACGGCGCCCCGCGGGGGCGGAUGCGGGGCCGGGGGAAGGAGCGAGCGGGCGGGGGGCGCUCGGCGCCCCCUCCCCGGGGCUGACCCCGGCGCUGGGGGCGAGCGCAGGAGCGGGGGGCGCAGCCCCGGUGGCGGCGGAGGAUGAGGAGGCUCCUGAGCGCUGGGAGAGGAAGGACUCGACCAGGAGAGCACCGAGGAGAUGUCGGCUGUGAAGCCCGACAAGGGCGAAGGCGACGCCAGCAGCACGAGCAGCGCCGGCGGUGGGGAGGCCCAGGAGUCACAGCCGUCCCCGCUGGCCCUGCUGGCAGCCACCUGCAGCCGCAUCGAGUCUCCCAAUGAGAAUUCCAACAGCUCCCAGGGCCAGCAGGGCGGGAGCGGCGAGCUGGACCUGAACGCGGCCGCCGCCCAGCUCACCCAGUCGGCCAACGGCUGGCAGAUCAUCUCGGCGGGCUCCAGCACCCCCACGGGCUCCAAGGAGCCGGGCAGCAACGGCAGCAACGGCGGCGACGCCUCCAAGAGCCGCCCGGUCAGCACCGGGCCCUACGUGGUCACCUCGGCGUCCGGCCUGCAGAACCAGCAGGUGCUCACGGGCCUGCCCGGCGUCAUCCCCAACAUCCAGUACCAGGUGAUCCCCCAGUUCCAGACCAUCGACGGGCAGCAGCUGCAGUUUGCCACCACCCCGGCGCAGGUGAACGUGCAGCAGGAUGCCUCGGGGCAGCUGCAGAUCAUCCCCGGCUCCAACCAGCAGAUCAUCACCAGCCGCGCGGGCGGCAGCAACCUCAUCGCCAUGCCCAACCUGCUGCAGCAGGCCGUGCCCAUCCAGGGCGUGGGGCUGGCCAACAACAGCCUCUCCGGGCAGACCCAGUACGUGGCCAACGUGCCCGUGGCCCUGAACGGCAACAUCACCCUGCUGCCGGUCAACAGCGUGGCCGCCAGCCUGGCCCCCACCUCGCAGACGGGCACCCUGAGCAGCUCGGGCUCGCCGGACAGCAGCUCCCAGCCGGCCACCUCGGGGGCUGCCAGCAGCUCGGGCAGCACGGCCACGUCCCAGGCCAGCUCAGGCGCCUUCUUCACCAACGCCAACAGCUACUCCACCACCACCACCACCAGUAACGUGGGCGUCAUGAAUUUCUCCACCAGCGCCACGGUGGGCACCAACGUGCAGGCGCAGACCCCCCAGAGGGCCAGCAGUGUCCCCAGCUCGGACUCUCUGCAGACCCCGGUGUCCGGGGUGGCCCUGCAGCCGGGCCAGCAGAAGGAGGGGGAUCAGAGCCAGCAGUCACAGCAGCAGCAGCAGCAGCAGAUCCUGAUCCAGCCACAGCUGGUCCAAGGAGGGCAGACAAUCCAAGCCCUCCAGACCACCCCGCUGUCUGGCCAGACCUUUGCCACUCAAGCCAUCUCCCAGGACACCUUGCAGAACCUGCAGCUCCAAGCCGUGCCCAACUCCGGCCCCAUCAUCAUCCGCACGCCCACGGUGGGUCCCAACGGGCAGGUGAGCUGGCAGACCAUCCAGCUGCAGAACCUGCAGGUGCAGAACCCCCAGGCGCAGACAAUCACACUGGCCCCCAUGCAGGGCGUGUCGCUGGGCCAGACGGGCAGCACCAGCACCACGCUGACCCCCAUCGCCUCCCUGCCCAGCGGCACCGUCACCGUCAACGCCGCCCAGCUCUCCUCCGUGCCGGGCCUCCAGACUAUUAACCUCAGUGCCUUGGGAGCGUCCGGGAUCCAGGUGCACCAGCUGCAGGGGCUGCCCCUGGCCAUCGCCAACGCCCCCGGUGAGCACGGGGCCCAGCUGGGGCUGCACGGCGGCAGCGGGGACGGGCUGGGCGACGAGAGCGCGGCCGUGGAGGAGGGGGAGACCAGCCCCGACCCCCAGCCCCAGCAGGGCCGGAAAACACGGAGGGAAGCCUGCACCUGUCCCUACUGCAAGGAAGGAGAGGGCAGGAGCUCUGGGGAUCCAGGGAAAAAGAAGCAGCACAUCUGCCACGUGCCGGGCUGCGGGAAGGUGUACGGGAAGACCUCGCACCUGCGGGCGCACCUGCGGUGGCACACGGGGGAGAGGCCCUUCAUCUGCACCUGGGUGCUGUGCGGGAAGCGCUUCACCCGCUCCGACGAGCUGCAGCGGCACAAGCGCACGCACACAGGAGAGAAGAAGUUCGCCUGCCCGGAGUGCCCCAAACGCUUCAUGCGCAGCGACCACCUCUCCAAGCACAUCAAGACCCACCAGAACAAGAAGGGAGGCGCCGGCAGCGUGGCCAUGAACGUCUCGGCCGUCCCCAUGGACACGGCGGCCGCGGCCGAGGGCAACGGCGGCGCCACGCCCUCGGCGCUCAUCGCCACCAACAUGGUGGCCAUGGAGGCCAUCUGCCCCGAGGGCAUCGCCCGCCUGGCCAGCAGCGGCAUCAACGUCAUGCAGGUGGCUGACCUGCAGUCCAUCAACAUCAGCGGCAACGGCUUCUGAGCGCGGCCCCGCCCGCACCACCCGAAGGCCAGAGCUAUAUAUAUAUAUAUUUUUUAAUUUCGGCUUGUUUUAUUUUUUUCCCCCCUUUUUUUUGUCCGUUUUCCCUCCCCGCCUUUCCUGCCUCCCCACCCGAGGUCCUUUGGCGUCGUCAUGCCUUGGUCCUUUUAGCAAAAAAAAACCAAAAAAAACAACAAUGAAAAAAAAAAAGCAACGACAUGAAAUAUCGACAAAACAACGCAAAAAAAAAAAAAAACAACACAAAAAAACUAAAAAGAAAAAAAAAAAAGAAGAUAAAAGAUUCUAUAUUAUUAUAUAUAUAUAAAAAUAUAAAAUGUGUUCGUUUGAGAGAGGAGAGAUGUUGCUGUGACCAUGGCGUGGUCCCUUUGAUGCCUUAUCCUGGAGCAGGUCGGCCCCUCUGGGGCGCGUCGGACAAUGCCUGAGCUCUCCCUCCCUCCCCAAUCCCAUUCCCAUCAAAUCCCUAAACCCUCCCCGGGCUGUCGGCGCUUUGCUUUGAGGUGACUCUGUAAUUCCUUUGGCAUUCUGGGGGGAGAUCCCGCUGGAUUUUUCACCCUUGGACUCCCACUGCCCUCCCCUGCCUUGGCAGGUGUUGUUUUUAUUUCUUUUUCUUGGAUCUUGGUUUUUUUCCAGCCGUUUUCUUGGCAAGGCUCCCUGUCCCGUGGGAGUGGAGUUGCUCCAUGGGAAGGUCGUGGACAGAGGGGCUGGGAGGCAGCCCUGGGGGGACAACUGGAGCCUCCUCAGGGGGGAAAAGAUGAUUUUUUUUUUUUCAUUGCAGCCAGCGUUAAAAUUAAUAAUAAUAGUAAUAAUGGGGAAAAAGGAGAAUCUGCGGAGCUCAGCCGGUGUGGAGCGAGGGGGCAGCACCGCAGGGACACGAGGGACACUCGAGGGUUUUGCUGUGGCACCUCUGGAGGUGGCUCCUGACAAAAAAAAAAGGGUGCUGGAAAUAGGGACAGCUUGGGGGAAAAAAAAAAAAAAAACCCAAAGGGUUUUUCAGGAUCCUGCUCUUCCCGCCGUGGGAGGGCUCGGUCCUUUCCGUUCUUCCUCCCACACCCUCCUCUUCCUGCCCCAGCCACAUCCCGGCCCUGCCUGGGCUCCAGACGGGGCUGGGGGUGCAGGGAGUGGAUCCCCAAUAGGAAACUGGGAUUGUUCCCAGGGAGCAGCUCUGGGGAGAGCCCAGCAGGGCCCUGCAGUGCCCCGGGCUGGGGAGCCCAGGAGGGGCUGGAGCUGACCCCGAACUUCCCUGCUCCCAUUCCGGGGUCGGGGCAGGACCCCCUCUCUCUCUGGGGGGUGCAGAGGGGAUCCCCCCCCGGGAUCACAGCUGAUGCAUGAAUCCCACCUGCCCUGGGCCGAUCCCACCUGUCCCAGGUCUGUCCCGGGCUAUUCCCACCUGUCCUGGGUCAUUCCCCCCUGUCCUGGGUCAUUCCCCCCUGUCCCGGUCUAUCCCCCCCCUGUCCCAGGCCUGUCCCAGGCCAUUCCCCCGGGACACGGGGCCGUGUCCCCUCCCGGGCUCGUGGCCCCCCACACCCAGUGCUCCCCACCUGGGUCAGCCCCGCUCCUGGUCCUGGCCCUGCUCCCCGUUCUCCCGGGACAGCCCCGGGAGAGGAGUGGCCCCGGCUGCCCCGUCCUCAUCCCGAGCUCCGGCAGCCGGCAGGAAUCUUGGUUUGAUUUGGGUUCGUUGUUUUUCGGUUUUUUUUUUUUUGUAAAAAACACGCAAAAAAAAAAAAAAGGAAAGGCAGCAGAAGCUCCCCGGGGAGGGGGCGCAGGGCCCGGCCCCCCAGCCCCCCCCGGCUCUCUCUCUCGAUAUCUAUUUUUGCAUUUGUAUAUUUUUAUAUAGGAAACUUUAAGCAUUUGUAUUUUAAUAACCCUGUGAAGCACUAUGAGCUGCCCCCGACCCCCCCAGCCCAAAAUCCACAAAGGAUCGGGACAAAAAAAAACAGGAGGUUUCUUAAUUUAAUGGUCAAUUUGGUGAUUUUACCCCCUCCCCGAAGCCCCCCGAGCCCAGCUGUGUCCCCGGAGGGGAUCAAGUGCCAAAGCCCAUCCCGGGUGUGGGAUGUCCCCGGCUGUCCCCUGCCGAUGUCCCCGCUGUCCCUUCCCCACGGAUUGUCCCCGAAGGAGCUUGGCUUUCCUAUGGAAACGCAGCCGCGAGGGAGGGGGACCCCAGGGACCCCCGGGGGGCUCUGCUCAGAGCCUGGGCUUCUCCCCUAUGGAUUUUUGGGGGGGGAUCAGAGCAUUUUGGGGGGGGGUCCACACCACCAGCGCUGCUCCCAGUGCCGAGGGAGGGGGAGCAGCUGGAUCCCACCGCCCCCAUUUUGGCUCUGUUGGCACCGGGGGUCCCCACCCUGCUCCUGGCACCCCCCACCCACCCCGAGCCCCCCCAGCAGCCCCCAGAUCCCCCCCCAGCCGUUCCCGGGACACAAAACACAAACGUGCCUUGACAAGGGGGUGACAGGCUGGGGAUGAGCCCCUCCUGCUCCGCUCCCGCCCCCACUGAGGGUCUGGGGGGCUCGGGGGGCUGCCCCCCUCUCCCAGCUUUAAUCCACUCUCACCCCUUCAUUCCGGGGGGCCGGGGCUGGUUCUCUAUGCAGCGGGGGGGUCCUGGGGGGUCCAGCCCCCCCAAACUGGCAAUAAUUCUCACCCUGUUUGAUCUCGUCCCGUCUCUGUUGUUUUAAUUUGGGGAAGGGGAGGGGAGGGGGGUUGGUUUUUACAAAUCCGGUGGCUGAUGUCAUAAACCUCCCCCCCCAAAAGCGAUUUUUGGGGGGGAGGGGGUGGUGGAUGAUUUUUUUUUUUUGGGUCCCAAAGUGCUAUUUUUUUGUACAAAAAAAGACUUAGAUGAAACUGUUAGUUUUGGGGGGCUCCUUUGUAAAUGGGGAACGACGAGUUCUUUUUGUAAUAAACAUGAGUCGCUGGCGUUGUCUGGAA